AAAUAAAGUUAUUCAACCAGACGGGCAAUUCGUUGUCUCCCCGACUUCAUCCCGUUCGCUCUUCGCUAGGGUUUUAAAGAGGUUAUUUUUGUUUUUUGAUUUUUCAAGAUUUCAAACCGCCAAAUUCAGGGCGGAAAGUCUUCGUCUUCUCCAAAUCUAGAUUUACAUACCUACAUUGAACCCUAUACCGAAUUAACGAGAAAAUUAUAAGAUAGAAAACAGGGAAUGGCUUCUUCUCUGUUCUCUACUCCUCAGCCGCAACAACCCCAGCAGCUUUUUCAACCACAACCACAGCCUUUUCAGCAAAACAACCCAUUUCUUCAACCACAGCAACCGCAACAGCAACAGCAAUUUCAGCCGCAGCAGCAGCUGCAGUUUCAGCAGCAACAGCAGCAGCAGCAGCAGCAGCAGCAACUCUUUCUGUUCACAAACGAAAAGACUCCAGCCACUUACAGCACCAAAUGGACUGAUCUCCAUCCCGACUCUCAGAAAUUCCUCCGGCAGAUCGAGGAGCGGAUACUGGAGUAUAGGGAUGAAAGCCAGAGACUGGACCAGUGUAGUCGUCUCUACGACUCUUCAGUCUCUAAUGAUGGGUUCGAGCUUGAUGCAAGUCACAUUGUUCAGGAACUUGGGGGAAUCAGUACAGCCAUGGAAAGACAAAAGGCUCAGCUUCAUGAGCUGAUGGCUGUUGUAAAAGAUAUGUUACGGAAUACGGAGGUUGCCGUUCGUUCUUUCAUGAUGCUACGGCCAAGGUUUCCACAUCCAAAUGUGGGACGUACAUCAAGUGCAACUGCACCAGCACAGGCAGCUGGAGCAAUUGGAGCUCCCAGUGCAAGUAAUCAACCCACAUCUACAUCAGUAGUGCCGGUUUUUGAUUUCUACAGUGGGGUCCCAAGGAAACCGUCUCCUUUUUUGCAGCAAACAAUUUCCAGAUUUGAGAAGUAUCUGGGUGAAUGUCGCCAGUGGGUUGAGGAGUUGGAGCAGUUGCUUCUGUCAGAUUCUGACAGAAAUUCUUCCAACCAUAGCUUCUCAUUGUUACAGUCUCUUCCAAAAGUCAUGUCAAAUGUACACGACUUCUUUGUUCAUGUGGCUUCUAAGGUGGAGAGCAUUCACCAGCAUGUUGAAUCCAUGAAAAUGGCAUAUCUUGCUGACCAGCGCCAUCGAGGAGAUGUUAAUGAUCCAUUUCUUGAGGCUGAUCGACGAGAAACAGCCAAACAAGAAGCUGCUGCUAAAAGGGUGCAUCCAACUUUACAUUUACCUGCGAUAUCACAGCCAUCUACUCAAGUUGUUGGACUGUUUGCCAGCUCAGCAGCUCCCGGGACAUCGACUGCUCCACAGACAUCUGCGACAGUUUCAUCAGCUUCACCUGGAAGUGGUUUAUUUUUUAGUACUCCAUCAUCCACUCCAUCUGCCACCUUGUCAUCAUCUUCCCUCUUCUCUACACCAGCCACUUCUGCACCUGUAUCUUCUCUAUUUGGAUCUGCUGGUGCUACUCCUCAGUCAUCACUUUUUGGUUCCUCGUCUGCAUCUUUGUUUGGGUCUGCUUCAACCCCUUCUUUGUUUGGGUCUGCUUCAACCCCUUCUUUAUUUGGUAGUGCUGCUCCGUCUUUUGGUUCUACUGCGUCUGCUGGAACUUCACUUUUUUCAACACCAUUUGCUUCAGGUGCUGCAACAGGGUCUGGGGCAAGCUUUGGGCCUUCUAAAUCUUCAAAGCCAAAAUCUCGCACUGCACGGAGGUAGUGGUUAUCUGGUCGCGAAUGGCUAUGGCAGCCUGUGUCUCGCUUGUGCAUUUUUUUGAACCUGUAGAAGAUUUAACUAUUUUGUAGCAGCCGCCAUCAAUUUCUCUGCACUUCUACUAGGUCAAAAAUGAGGUUUUUCUGGACUACCAUGUCUCAAAGUUGCUUGCUAAAUCCAAAGUCGCCCAAAUCAAGUUCCCUUUUCAACUGCUGCAGUUGAUGGAUGUUCCAAAUCUGCCUUUCACUUCGGAUUUGUAUUUUUGCAGGGAAAAAAAAUGAUGAGGUCCAUUUACUGUAACAUUGUAGGAUAAAAUAUAGGAAGAUGCUUGUGGAUGUAGAUUCUCAUGAAUACUUAGUAAUCUUGUAUCUGAUUUUCAAACAUGAUAGACAAAUAAUUUGGAGUUGCCUCUGGCAGGAUGGUUUUAUGUUGCCUCAAA